UGCUGAUUUUCCAUGAAAUCAGAUCCUAUAAAUAUAUCUUCCUUCAUGCUCUUCAUCUCCAUCUAAAUCCUUAUUCUCUACCUCUUCUUAGUUCAUAUAUAUUCAUCCAACAUGGCAGAAGCUGCAUCAAGCAUUCCAACCCACACAAAAGCUUGGUACUACUCUGAACAUGGUAGCCCAGAUGUUCUGAAAUUGGAUCCUAAUUGGCCAUUACCAGAGCUCAAAGAUGACCAAGUCCUCAUCAAGGUCGUUGCAGCAUCUCUUAAUCCCAUUGAUUACAAGAGGAUGAACGGCUUGUACAAGGAUUAUGACCCUCAUUUACCUACUGUUCCUGGGUUUGAUGUUGCUGGUGUGGUGGUGAGUGUGGGAAGAGAAGUGCAUAAACUGAAGGUUGGUGAUGAAGUGUAUGGUGAUAUCAACGAGGAAGGAGUAACAAACCUGAAGGCUCUUGGAACUUUGUCUGAGUAUACUAUUGCAGAAGAGAGGCUAUUAGCUAUCAAGCCACCAAAUCUAAGCUUCGUUGAAGCUGCUGCCAUUCCUGCAGCACUAGAAACUGCUUAUGAAGGCCUUGAACGUGCUCAGUUUUCUGCUGGAAAAUCUAUUCUUGUUGUCGGAGGAGCUGGUGGAGUUGGUCACUUUGUCAUUCAGCUUGCUAAGCAUCUAUAUGGUGCAUCAAAGAUAGCAGCAACUUCUAGCACUGGAAAAUUGGAACUUCUUAGAAAGUUGGGAGCUGAUUGGGCAAUUGAUUACACAAAUGAGAACAUUGAAGACAUAGCAGAAAAGUUUGAUGUAGUGUACGACACAAUAGGAGAGCCUGAUAGAGCUUUGAAGGCAGUGAAGGAAGGUGGCAAAGCUGUGACAAUAAUACCUCCUGGACUUCCACCAGCCAUUUUCUUUGUGCUAACUUCUAAAGGUUCUAUUUUGGACAAGUUAAGACCUUACUUUGAGAGUGGUAUAGUGAAGCCAUUACUUGAUCCAAAGACUCCAGUUCCAUUUUCUCACCUUGCUGAAGCCUAUUCCUACUUAGAAACUUCGAGAGCCAUAGGAAAAGUGGUUGUUUAUCCCAUACCCAAUUGAUAUGCAUGUUGUGUGUGCCUUUAGCCAUGUUUCAUGUAACUUGUUCAUUUUGUGUAUUUAUAAUUGUUGAAGAAUAAAGAUAUUGGCAAUAAAUUAGAAUGAUAAAUA